UGUGAAUCUCCCCUUACCCUCCCCUUUCCCUCUCUGCUUUCUGUUUCCCCAUGUGGAAUCACUCUCUUUUUUGGUUUUAGCGAAAAUGGAUGAAAAUUCUACAGCCAUACCAAUCAUAACAACUGGAUGAUUCUUUUCUUGUGAAGUUUUCUUUUGCAUUUUUAGGUCCGCAUAAAGAAAAAAAAAUUUUUUUUUUGGAAAACAGAGAGAGUACCAAUACCUGAUGGCAUCACUGGAAAACCUGGCAAACAUCGAACCGUGGACGUUUCGUCCCAGCUUUGCUGAUUCCUUGAUCUCCGAAGCCUUUGCUCGCGAUACCGAAACUCUGACCAGAGCGCUCCAGAAGUCCAUCUCUAAUUCUUUUUCCAACUCCGAUUCCCUGUCCCCGCUCCUGAGCCUCAUCAACCCAAACACCUCAUCUACGGCUACGCCCAGUGCGUCAAACGUUCUAGGCUCUGACCCUGAAACCGCACAAAAACGUCAGCGGACCGCCAACCCCCCUCCCACUGGGAAAGUCUCCAAACGCAAGUCUCGCUCCUCCAAACGCUCUCAAACCACCUUUAUAACAGCGGAUCCGGCCAAUUUCAGGCACAUGGUGCAACAGGUGACCGGAGUCAGAUUUGGUAAUGCACAGAUGUCUCUGAAUCCGAUCUUGAAGCCAGAACCGCAGAGACCCGGAAGCCGGUUGUCCUGUGAUGCUGGGCCUGGAUACCUACCUACCCUGGACACCUCGGCGUUCCUAUUGGAUCAUCAGCAGCCAUCUUCGGGAGCAGUUGUUGGGUCCAGCUUUCUUCCGUUUCAGUCUUCUGUGGUGGCUGAGGUUGUAGCUUCAACUGGGGCUACCGUUGACUCUGACACUUUUCCCAGCUUUCCCACUCUAGAAUCCUGGAAAGUCUAGUUUUUCUUUUGUCUUUUUGUUUUUUUAAUUAUCAGUUGUAUCCUUUUUUGCCAGUACUUUUGUUAGUUCGGGAUAUGGGUGGAGCUGUUAAUAGUUUGGGGCCUUGGCUAGUAAAAUUUUUAUUUUCUUUUUUUUU